AUGAACCCCAUAUUUUUUCUUUUCACUUGUACGCUUAUAUGGAAAUGCACAAGGGCAGCAGACCUUUUCAAUUACCAAGGUUGUUACGACGCUUCAGAUAUGGAGGAACUGGGCAUGACCUCGAAAGGUUCCUACAUGUACCAAUCUCAAUCUUAUUGUCAGCAACAAUGUGCAGGUUAUCAGUUCGCAGCACUUUAUCAGGGGGACCAAUGUUACUGUGGCAAGGAUGCCAGCGUAUUGGCAAAAUUACAAUCAUCUGGCACUUGCUCAGUCGCAUGUGCAGGUUGGCCAUAUCAAACUUGUGGUGGGACCUCCGCCAUGGAAGUCUAUGUGGAUGCUUCCGUCUCCGUUUCCUCGGGUUCUUCUGCAUCGUCGACAUCUGAAGCUUCCAGUGUCUCAUCUUUGUCUACAUCUGCAUCAAAAUCGAGUAGUAAGAAAGCAACAACAAGCUCAUCAUCGUCGUCAUCAACAUCCUCAACAUCAUCCAUAACCACUACCUUGCAGCCUUCAUCAUCAUCUGCCACUUCGUCAUCGUCAUCCGCAUCUGUUGCAGUUUCAUCAUCUGCCAGUUCAGUAUCCUCCUCGUCAUCGACUUCCUCUUCCUCGUCAUCUGCAUCUUCUUCUUCCUCAUCAUCUUCAGUAAUACUCACAUCUUUGAGGUAUACUACGCAUAUCGUCACAAAAUCUGUGAUAACACAAUCAAAUCAACAACCAAAGACAAUUAUAGUGACCACAACAUCCGUCGUGGAAACAUCUUCACCAUCCACCUCUUCAACAACAAAUAAUUCCAUAAAUAAUAAAUCUACAUCAGGGAAGAGUAAAAAACUAAGUGGUGGUGCCAUCGCUGGUAUUGUCAUUGGUGUUGUAUUCGGUGUCAUUAUAAUAGCCGCUAUCCUAAUUCUUUUCCUUGUCUAUAAGCAUCGUCAAAAUAAGAUAAAUAUGGAUGAAAACAAACAAUAUCAACCAUAUUCAUUCGGUGACGAAGAUGCAAAUCCAAUCAUAAUACCAAAUAGUAACAAAUUUAGUCAACAAAGAGCAUUAUCUUCCAAGACAACAACCAGUACAUCAUUACCAAUGGCAUCCACCGUCGCUGCCGCUGGUACAUCUACAAAGAAUUGGCAUUUACCAUCAAGGAAUAACACUUCAAAUAGCACACCAUCAUUCGGAAUAAUACCGAAAAGUGGGAAUGGUAAUAAUAAUAAUAACAAUCAAGACAUCCCUCAUACUGUAUUUGAAGAGGAUGAAGAUAAUGAACAGCCACAAAUGUCAAAUCCAUUAUUAAGACCACCAAACCCAACUCAUGGUUCAUUCUAUGAUGGUGUACAAAGAUUUAGUGCUACUUCAUUACCAGACAUGAUGCAAGAAAGAAAUAACUUACGUAUCGUCAAUCCGGAUGACGAGUAUGACGAUGACUCGAUAAAGAAUGAAGCUGAUGACAGUUAUAAUGUCAAUACUUCAACUGAUAAUUCGGACGUUUAA